CUACGUCAUUACGGAAAAACACUUUAUAAAUGAAAAUGUAUUCAAAAAAAACUAAUUAGUUGUCAUUAGCAAAGUAUGUCGUCACAAAAGAUUGUUUUUAAAUUAAACAAAUUCAUCACGAUUUACCGCUUUCAUUUAUUUACAAAAUCUUUGACAAAAUCUAAGUACAGGUCGGCAACCUUUAAACAAGGAUUCUCUUGCAAAGUGCUUGUAUACUUUCCUCCCGUAACAGAAAAAAAACCAAACACAGAGGGUUACCAUUUUUGAUUCACAGUGUGACCUUACAGCCAGUUUUCAGGUAUUGCCAGUUCGUGCCAUCAUCUCUAAGGUGCUUUAACAAACUUUAAGUGAACAACGCUUACUUUAUAUGCUAUGGAUACAAGCUGAGAGCCAAGUGCAGUAAGACGACAGAGAGUUGAAUCUUUUCAAUCGAAAACAUGCUUCAAAGGAAUCAAGAUAUAUGGAAUAUACGACAGCUUUGGAAUGAAGAAUAAUUGCGUUUGGAAAGGCCGAGAAUCCAUUCGGAACUAAUUUUUUGUAGCACAGACCGGAGGCGGAAAAGAUUUCUUGCGUAAUUCUUACAAAUGAUCGUCGAAAUGGGGUUGACUACUUCAAAGGUUACACAUGACAACUCUGAAGAAAACUCUGUAUCGAGAGACAGCGACCUAUUGCCGACUAUUCUUCCUCUGGGCAAAACAGUACGAGUGCACUUAGUGCCUAAGUUUUACACUUCAGAAGAAAGAGGUUUCACGAGAAGUUAUUAUUUAUCAAUAACGCUUCAAAGAGUUAGGGAUUUAUACGACGCCACUGUUGGUAUUACAGCAAGGGUAGAGUUCCACGAGCGACGACGAAGUCUUUUUGGAAACUCGUCUUUUAUUCGUCGCGAACGACUUUCGCGGUCUCAUACGGUGACGGUAAAUUCAAUCGACGGCCCGGACAUUGAAGUAAAGCAGGUCACACUGAAAGAAAAUGACUCUCUCAGGAUCAUUGGAGUAUUCACGAGGAACUUAAUAAGCAUUCCAGACUUAACAAGUUGUGAUUCUUUUGAUCUUAUUCUGUGCCCUAGUUUUAGAAUAAGAAGCGAGCGUUCAGAGUGGCUCUUGUUAGGAACAAUGUACACUAAACACGCGAACUGUAAACAUAUGCGACAUUGGAGGGCUGCUGUCAGAGGUGACUACACAUGAUUCAGCAUUUCUGACACCGAUUUUUCACAUUUUCUAAUAAAACCUAUAUUAGACAUCUAAAUGUCAAAGUUGUGUUUUUUAUUUUCGUUGAAGACCUUGCCUGCUUUUAACAAUUUGGUUGCAAACGAUUGCUAAAAAUUCGUCUGUUUUUGCGAACUUUUUCGGUGCUCAAAAAUGUCCUCCCCCCCCUAAUCAAAGAUGGGUAUAAGUAUAGAAAUAUCGAUUUUCAAUAACAGAACAAUCAUAUUUCAAUACGCUUUUUUUAAAUGCUGUAUUCCUCGUCAAAACUUCGCUCUUGGCAAAUAAGUAUCGAUAUGUAAAUAUCCUUUCCAGUCAAGCGUAUCUUGUUUUAAACUUCGAGGUGAAUUGUAAACUAGCGAGGGUUUUGCAGUUGCUUUCCGUGGCAGAAAGUUGUUACAGCUGUUGUCGUUUUAUAUCACCUCCCGGACUGGACACCACUCUAUGAAUUCCAGGUGUAACUACAAUCGAAAGUUUUCUAAAAGUAUGUUUUGCUAAUUACAUCUACGUUUACAUACACGGACGGGUGAUUGCAUGAACUAGUUCUUAUGAAAUCUCAAGACGCGUUGUCGACUUUUGAUUUCUGAAAAUCUCAUGAAAAAGUCGUUUCAGAAAAGCUCUUUCCUUGGAAGAAUAAUCUAGCUGUAAUUAUUCUAUAUAAUUAUCCACCACUUCUAUUAUUUUAUUAUCAUAGAGAUGGGCAGUUCGUUUGUCCUGCAUAAUGCAUUUGACCUCAUGGCAAACACAAAGGACCAAUGUUUGCUCAUUGAAAUCGUGACCCUAACUACAAAGUAAAAGAAACAAAGCGACUUGUCUAUGAUCUAGUAUAUAAAAGCUUAUAUCAAAAUGAGCCGUUGAUAUGUCGCCUGAAAUACUAAGGCAUUUGCUGUCGAAUACAAAAGCAAUUAUUUUUACUGUUGAAUUGUGUUCUAUUGUUUAAGCCAAGAAACGCGGGCAAAUUAUUUUUCCUUUUAUGAAAAAGUCAGCUUUGCGGUUAGAAGCGGUUAUUGUGACGAUAUUUUAUGUCUUACAGGAAGUGUAUCGGGCCGUGCAUGUAAGCCCUUAUGCAGUCCUGUAGCUGUGCCGGCAAGAUGGCGCAAUCUUGACCGCUCAGGAUUACCCACUGUGUCCCGCGAGAAAAUGAUGUU